CGAGUGCGAGCGGGUGCGCGCUAAAGCCUCCGGAGCCGGUCGUAGUUUUUAAAUCGGACAGAGCACAGGACCGCCGUGCCACUGCAGGGAGGCGGAUGAGUGGGAGGAGACGGAGGCGCUGCUGCCGCUGCUGCUGCUGCUGCUGCUCGAGUGGUGGAGCCGUGGGGCCAGACGGUGGAGACGCGGCGGCGGCGGAGCACGGCAACGGUUCAGCAAUGGCCUCCCAAGUCAAUAAGGAUCUCCGGGUGAUCGCAAUCAACGCCACUCAGUCAGAAAAAUUCCGCGAUAACCACGUCAGCACCGCCAAGUACAACGUGGUGACGUUCCUGCCACGGUUCCUGUUCGAGCAAUUCAGGAAAGCUGCCAAUGCCUUCUUUCUACUCAUUGCCUUACUGCAACAAAUCCCGGAUGUGUCUCCCACGGGACGCUACACCACCCUGGUGCCUCUCAUCUUCAUCCUCACACUCGCCGCCAUCAAAGAACUCAUCGAGGAUUAUAAGCGACACUCGGCUGACAGCACGGUGAACAGGAAAAGGACUCUGGUGCUGAAGAACGGAAGCUGGGAGAGCAUCCACUGGAAAGAGGUGGCGGUGGGCGACCUCGUCAAGGUCACCAAUGGGCAGCACCUGCCGGCGGACCUCAUCCUCCUCUCCUCCAGUGAGCCCCAAGGGAUGUGCUACAUCGAAACCUCGAGCCUGGACGGAGAAACCAACCUCAAAAUCAGACAGGGCCUGGCACUGACGAGCGGCGGCGUCUCCGCCGAGCAGUCGGCCGCGGUAAGCGGCCGCAUCGAGUGCGAGCCUCCGAACCGCUUCCUCUACGACUUCAUGGGCAACAUCACCCUGGACGGGCACAGUCCGCAGCCGCUGGGGCCAGACCAGGUGCUGUUGCGUGGCGCUCAGCUGAGGAACACCCAGUGGGUGGUGGGCGUCACCGUCUACACGGGCCACGACACCAAGCUCAUGCAGAACUCGACGAGUGCGCCGCUGAAGAGGUCGAACAUGGACAAGGUGACCAACGUGCAGAUCCUAAUCCUCUUCGUCAUCCUCCUCGCCAUGGCGCUCAUCAGCUCGAUUGGCGCCGAGGUGUGGAACCGAGAACACAGCAAGGGCGACUGGUACCUGGGCUUCAUGGAUGUGAAAGCGGUGAACUUUGGCUAUAAUUUCCUGACGUUCAUCAUCCUCUACAACAACCUGAUCCCCAUCAGCCUCCUCGUCACGCUGGAGGUGGUCAAGUUCACUCAGGCGCUCUUCAUCAACUGGGACGCCGAGAUGUACCACGCGGAGAGCGACACGCCCGCCAUGGCACGCACCUCCAACCUCAACGAGGAGCUGGGACAGGUUAAGUACAUUUUUUCGGACAAAACUGGAACCCUCACCUGCAACAUCAUGCAGUUCAAGAAGUGCUCCGUGGCCGGCGUGAUGUACGGGAACGAGGCGGCGUCGCUUGAGAGCAUCAAGGAUGGCGUCUGCACGGCCGUCAUGGAAAACUUGCAGUGCAAUCACCCCACGAGUGCCGUGAUCCGGGAUUUCCUCACCAUGAUGGCCGUCUGCCAUACGGUGAUUCCCGAGCGCUCCGAGGGAAGCAUCAUCUACCAGGCCACGUCCCCCGACGAGAGCGCGCUGGUGCGAGCGGCCAAAGACAUGGGGUUCACGUUCUGCGGACGCACGCCUGACUCCAUCAUCAUCGACGCCCUGGGCAAGGAGGAGACCUACAAGCUCCUCAAUGUGCUGGAGUUCUCCAGCAAUCGCAAGCGGAUGUCGGUGAUCGUGAGGACGCCCAGCGGGAGCCUCAAGCUAUACUGCAAAGGAGCGGACAACGUGAUCUACGACCGUCUGGCCUCGAGCGCGCUCUACAAGGAGGCCACGCUGCAGCACCUGGAGGAGUGCGCCAGCGAAGGCCUGCGCACGCUGUGCUUUGCGGAGCGGGGGCUAUCGGAGGCGGAGUUCGAGGCGUGGCUGGGCGAGUACCGCGAGGCGAGCACGGCGCUGCACGAGCGCUCGGCCCGCCUCGAGGCCUGCUUCGAGACCAUCGAGAAGGUGCCCCUCCUGCACCGCCACCGCCGCCGCCGCCACGGUCGCAAU